CACUCCCAGUCAACAGUGGAGGCCCCACCCUUUGUGUAACCCACCGCCCGUCAAUCAAAAUACAAAGAAAUCUGACAGUUAUCGCCUUAUUUAUACGCGUAUACAAUCAAUAUAAUUUGUUGAUCAUGUCCAGGGGCUUGUGACUAUCAGGACUCUCCGUUUCACGACAAGUCACGCAAUGACUGCCCCAGAAAAGCCAAUGAAACCAGAGGAUAUGGCUGCCUUGGACGUGGACAGUAGUCGAAGCGACUUUCUGCAGCAGGAGGAAGGCAGGGGCAGCCAGGACUCUCAGCCAUCACCCCUCGACCUGCUAGCAACCACCUGCACUAAGGUUGGGUCACCGUCUUCAGAGUUGGACAGAGGUGCUGCUGCUGAUGUGACAUCUGAUCCGUCUACUCAGCUUACUGGGACGGAUAAAUGGGAGGUGUUAACUUCCACAACAGCAGCAAAGGAUGAAUCCGGAAUGAUACAGAUCCAAUGUCAAGGAGUAUUAACAUCCAAUGGACAGUAUGUUCUUCCUCUCCAGAACUUACAAAGUCAGCCAAUCUUUGUGACGUCGGGAACGGCCACCUCCAAUGCCAAUGCAGUGCCUAACAUUCAGUACCAAGUAAUUCCUCAGAUUCAGACAGCGGAUGGACAGCUUAGCUUCUCCACGUCCGGCGUGGAAGGAGCGACUCUGACUCAGGAUGCCACGGGGCAGAUUCAGAUCUUGCCUGAUGGUAGCCAGAGUCUUGGUGUUACAUCAACUGCAAACAUCCUUAAUAACAACCAGAACCUCAUAUCACAGACUGGUAAUGUCCAGCAGAUCCAGGGGGUUUCUAUUGGCAGCUCCACCUUCAACAACCAGGGUCAGGUUGUUACUAAUGUGCCUGUGGGUUUGCCCGGGAACAUUACUUUUGUUCCCGUUAACAGUGUGGACUUGGACUCCCUGGGCCUGUCUGGAGCUCAGACUAUAGCAACAGGGGUCACUGCAGAUGGCCAGCUAAUUAUGGCAAGUCAGCCUGUGGAUGGCUCAGAGAGUCAGGUGAAGACAGAUGAUCACCUCUCACAGACUAUACCAGUCAAUGACUCGAAUGCAAAUCCUGAGAUUUUUGUGCCAACGUCUUCCUCUCAGCUACACGUUCCAGGAAAUGAAUCAGGUCUGCUGACACAAGAUUCUUCAUUGUCAUCAGUGGCUACAGAACAAGCCGACUCAAGUUCUGGUCUCCAAGAAGGUUUCAUCCAACAAAAUCAGGAGCGGAGCAUCCAGGUGUCCUCAGCCCCGCCCAUCAUCCAGCUGCAGCAGGUGCCAGUGCAGACCACCAACGGUCAGGUGAUGCAGUCAGUGGCGACAGGCGGGCAGAGCCUACAAAACGUGCAGCUGAUCAACCCGGGAACCUUCAUCAUCCAAGCCCAGACAGUCACGCCGUCGGGUCAGAUACAGUGGCAGACCUUUCAGGUGCAGGGAGUGCAGAACCUGCAGAACCUCCAGCUGCCCACCACACCACCCCAGCAGAUAACCCUGGCUCCAGUCCAGACCCUGUCACUGGGUUCUAGUCCGGUCAGCAUCAGCACAGGACAGAUCCCCAACCUGCAGACAGUGACGGUCAACUCAGUGGCCCAACAGGAAAGAGACACAGACGCCCCCGGAGACAUUCAGAUAAAGGAAGAGCCAGACUCUGGAGACUGGCAGCUGAGCACCGACUCCACCCUGAACACAAGCGAUCUGUCCCACCUUCGCGUCAGGCUGGUGGAUGAGGACGAUCAGUUGGGCCAGGAGGGCAAGAGGCUGCGCAGAGUGGCAUGUACUUGCCCAAACUGUAAAGAGUCAGGCGGGAGAGGAUCCAGCAUGGGGAAGAAGAAGCAGCACAUCUGCCACAUCGCUGGCUGUGGGAAAGUAUAUGGAAAGACAUCGCACCUGCGAGCACACCUGCGCUGGCAUUCAGGGGAGCGACCUUUUGUUUGCAGCUGGAUGUUCUGUGGGAAGAGGUUCACACGCAGCGACGAGCUGCAGAGACACAGGAGAACACACACAGGAGAAAAGAAGUUUGUCUGCCCAGAAUGUUCCAAGCGCUUCAUGCGGAGCGACCACCUGGCUAAGCACAUUAAAACUCAUCAGAACAAAAAAGGUGUGAACUCUGGCAGCUCAGUGGUGGCCUCGAUGGAAUCCGCAGGGUCCUCAGACAGUAUCAUCACCACGACAGGCGGGACCACCCUCAUCCUCACCAACAUCCAGCAGGGUUCCAGCACCGCCCAGGACAUCCUGGCCAAUGCAGAGAUCCCUCUCCAGCUCGUCACCACAGUAGCGGCCAGUGAAGUCAUGGAGUGAUUUACGCUCCCCUCGGGAACUUCUACAAACUCUCUCAUACUGUAUAC